AAUGUUAGCUAUAAAAUCUUUGUAACAUUCGCCUAACUCAUCACUCACUCAACUCGACAUGUGUAUUCCGGUCCGAAGAGUAAUGCUACACGUACUUUCAUUUUUACUCGUUCUUAAAUUCAAAUUAUUGCAAGUAAAACAGAAAGUUUGAAAGCAAGUAGCAUUUUUCCGGAAAGAAAGGGAGAGGGGCGAGGAAAUGAUCGUUCAACAGCCGAGGAAUACGGAUUCGUUAUGCUCCACCCCUACGACCACGUUAUGAUAGUGAAAGGACCUUAAACGCAGAGGCUCUCUGCCCACUGCAACCCCAUUUUGCUUUCUCUCUGUCUCCCUGUGGAUGAUAGAAUUUUAGCAUCCCAAUGUCAUUCCCAAAAAAGCUAUAUCACUGCAGCUGAAACUCCGCAGCUUCUUUGAAAGACCAAAAAGAUUUUUCUUGCUUUCCAAUUUCCUUUCCCCUCUUCGGUACUCGUUCCUUUUUAAGCCUUGUUGUUCCAAGCUGUGUUCCAUAACAACACAUUGCAAUCGGCUCUGUUUCUCUGUUUCUUUCUUUCUUUCUUUCUCAACCUCGCAGAAAGUUUUGAAGAAAGAAAGCCCAUUAUUUUGCAGAAAGAGGAAGUGGGUUUUCAAUUCUCAUAUUGAGAUAUGGGUUUGGGAGGAAGCUUGGAGUGGGUGAGUGCUUACAGUAAGAAGCGAUGCAGGAGCCUGUUCUGGAGGAUGAGAGCAGCGGUGAAGAAGGCUGUCAAGAAUGCAGGGAAGCAGCAGCUCAAGUUCCAGUAUGAUCCUUCCAGCUAUGCUCUCAAUUUUGACGAUGGCGGUUGCCAUUUGGGAAAGGGAGCAGUUGAAUUUACGCAUGCAAGAAAACUUCAGCAGGAUUUUCAAGAUAUCAGAAGAACUGCUUGGGUGUAUGUUGUCUGGGUCAAAGCUGAGUGAUCUUGUCGAGGGGGACACUCCAGUUUCAUCCUACAUAUUUAGUUUUAAGAAUCGAUCAGAAUUUGCUCAUUUAUGUGCUUUGCUUCUGUUUAUGUUUUUCUCUAGGUAAAUAAGGAACAAAGUUUUCGUGAUUCAGGGGAUCA